AUGGCAGAUACAGCAGUAGCUUCCGAAACUCCCGCUCCGGCGACUCCGGCGAAAAAACCGAAGGCCGCCGCUACUGCAGCAGGUGGUGCAAAGAAGCCCAAGGCGAAACCCACUCAUCCGAAGACUUCCGAAAUGGUCACCAGCGCAAUUAAAGAGCUGAAAGAGCGCAGUGGAUCAUCUUUGCAAGCGAUAAAAAAAUAUAUUGCCGCUCAAUAUAAAGUCGACGCUGAAAAACUAGCUCCGUUCAUCAGAAAGUACCUGAAGAGCGCAGUCGAAUCGGGUGCGCUUAUACAGACAAAGGGCAAGGGGGCUUCCGGUUCCUUUAAGCUUGAAUCAAAAUCGUCCGCCUCUAAGAAACCGUCGACGGAAUUUUAUUAUUACGUAUUAACGACAAUGUCUGGACGUGGUAAAGGCGGUAAAGUGAAGGGAAAGGCAAAGUCCCGUUCGAAUCGUGCCGGUCUACAAUUCCCCGUUGGACGUAUUCACAGGCUGCUGCGAAAGGGAAAUUAUGCAGAGCGUGUGGGUGCCGGCGCUCCGGUGUACCUGGCCGCAGUCAUGGAGUACCUCGCCGCUGAAGUUCUAGAGUUGGCCGGUAACGCUGCUCGGGACAAUAAGAAGACCAGAAUCAUACCGAGACAUCUUCAGCUUGCCAUCCGCAACGAUGAAGAGUUGAACAAGCUCCUCUCCGGUGUGACGAUCGCCCAGGGCGGUGUACUACCCAACAUUCAGGCGGUCCUUCUUCCCAAGAAGACCGAGAAGAAGGCCUAA